ACUUCUUCCGCUUUUUUUCCUCACCUCUCACCAUGGCUGACACAUUACCUGUCGAUUCACUCUCUAUUGCUGCUGUCGUCGCUCAUGUCGACGAGACCAAGGGCUCUGAUGAAGCCGGCAAUGGUUCCAUUGAAGCUCCUUAUCAAUCCGCUGUCAAGGCCAUUCAGGCCCACGGCGAAUCUGUCAAGAUUCAAGUCUGGAAGGCUGCUACUGCUGAAGGCGAGACCUCUGGCUUUGUCCCUAUCUCUGGAGCUGCACAGAAGAAGGCCAUUAAGAAAGUAGCCGAGCUGGAAAAGAAAAACAAGAAGUUGGCUGAACAGGCUGCAGAACAAGCUGCCAAAGAUCAGGCUGCUGCUGAGGAACGUGAGCGUGUUUUGGAAGCCGCCAAGAAGGUUGUCCUUAAGGAGGAUCCUUCCCUGCCGAUUGCAACCAAGAUUAAGAUUAGAAACGGUGUUGAUAACAGAGGAAAGCGUGUUAAGGUUUCAGGAUGGGUUCAUCGCCUUCGCGUUCAAGGAAAGAACAUGAUGUUUGUAAUUUUGAGAGAUGGUACUGGUUACCUUCAAUGCGUUCUCACCGAUAACCUCUGCCAAACAUACGAUGCACUUACUCUCACCCUCGAGUCUACUAUCAUCGUGUAUGGUGUCAUUAACGAGCUCCCUGCUGGAAAGACUGCACCUGAUAACCAUGAGUUGACUGUUGACUACUGGGAAUGCAUUGGAAAGGCGCCCGGUGGUGACGAUGCUAUCAGCAACAAGGUCAACGAGAACUCUGAUCCUUCCGUCAAGUAUGAUCUUCGUCACUUAGUUUUGCGUGAGGAGAGAGCGUCGGGCAUUUUGAAGGUUCGUUCUCAAGUCCUGAAGGCUUUCCGUGACCAUUUUGAUAGCCGUGGAUUCUAUGAAGUCACUCCUCCUUGCAUGGUCCAGACCUCAGUCGAGGGUGGUUCAACUCUAUUUGAGCUUAACUACUAUAAUGAGAAGGCUUACUUGACUCAGUCUUCCCAGCUUUACUUGGAAACCUGCUUGCCUUCAUUGGGAGAUGUCUACUGCUUAGCUGAAUCUUUCCGUGCAGAGAAGUCUCACACCCGUCGCCAUUUGUCGGAAUACACUCACUGUGAAGCUGAGAUGGCUUUCAUUUCCUUCGAUGAUCUAUUGGAUCAGAUCGAGGAUAUGAUUUGUGAUGUCAUUGACCGCACAUUAGCCCACAAACCGACUGCUGAUAUUGUCUACAAGCUUAACCCAGAUUUUAAGAGACCCGAACGUCCAUUUAUGCGCAUGGACUACUCUGACGCUAUAAAGUAUUUGAAGGAUAACGACAUCAAGAAGGAAGAUGGCACUUUCUAUGAAGUUGGCGAAGAUAUCCCUGAGGCUCCUGAGCGUGCUAUGACAGACAAGAUCAAUCGCCCUAUCUUGUUGUGCCGCUUCCCUGCAGAGAUCAAGGCGUUCUACAUGAAGCGUUGCCCUGAGAACCGUGCAUUGACCGAGAGUGUUGACGUCUUGAUGCCCGGUGUUGGAGAGAUUGUCGGAGGAUCGAUGCGUAUCUCUGAUUUGGAGGAGCUCAUGGCUGCAUAUAAGCGCGAGGGUCUUGAUCCCUCCCCUUACUACUGGUUCACUGAUCAACGCAAGUUUGGUACUAGUGAGCACGGUGGAUUUGGUUUGGGAAUCGAACGCUAUAUUGCCUGGAUGCUCAACCUCUAUACCGUUCGCGACACCUGCUUGUACCCAAGAUUCACUGGCCGUGCAUUCCCAUAAACAAAUAACACCAUCAUUUUUACUCUUAUGCCAGAAGUAAUAAUCAAUAAAAAAAAUAAAGUAAA